AUGCUUUUAUCUUGCGAACAUGUAAGUAGUUUCCCCAAAGAAAGGCAUUCGACUUUUGAACCUCAUUUUCCUAAUGAACCUAUCAUCAAGUCUGUCGUCAUUAGCACCGGCUGGGUCACAAUGAAGCCAAACAUUAUCCAAUUUCAAAACUAUAUGAUUGAAUGUGCGAGAUCGUUGGGUCAAGAAUUGGAGCAUCCAACGGACGCAUUGAUUUUACCACUAGUCCAGCUUCAAAACAUGGCGGAGGUGAAUCACCGCAGUCUUUCAACUGUUGAAAGCACUAUACGUGACCACAUGAAUGGCCUAGAUCUUGAAAUGAAGGUUCAAUCUUUUCAAGCCGAAUUCAAGCGGUGGAAGCACUCGCUUCCACUUAUCUGUCAGCAACCAAGUGGGAUGAACCUGGCCUGUGAGGUUGCUGUAAUGCAUGUCUACGAGAUGGAUCUCGUCAAUAUCUCUGCAACGAAAAUGCGGCCAAAGACUGAAUCUUUGAAAGAUUCAACGAGCUUGUCUUUUACGUCUCAAAUUCGCCUUGAAGUUCUCUUUCUCUGUUUGAAAUCGGCGGGGCAGCUUGCUCAGAGUUUCCUUUCCAUUCCAACAUCUGAAUACGGCAGACUUUCUUACAUACAGUGGUCUGGCAUGAUAUAUGCUAUCACUAUCAUUUAUAGACUGACAGUGGGGAUUCCCCAGCUUCGUGACUGGGAUGUUCGAGUUGCCCGGAAGACCAUUGACUUAGAUUGUGUUCUAGACGCAUUCUGCAGACGCUUCAAAAGUGUAUCGCUUUGUGAUCACGCCACAUUGGAGAAUAGAGACCUAUUCUCGAUGAUGGGAUCCAUUUUUGAAAACAUUAAGCAGACCUACGACAGACUCAAGCAGUUGCCGCAGAAUGUUAGUGCAGACGACGCCAGCCCAGUUCAUGCCACUAGCUUUUUGGCCUCUACGCGCGAAUACCAGCACCCGUGCCCUACGUUUCAGACCUGGAGGACAGACCGACCAGGAUAA